AAAAAUAAGCUCACUCAUAUUUCGCCAGGAGUUCAGAUAACAAUUCAAAAUGCGUAACACUACUUCGAUUUCCUUUAUUUUCUUCGUUUCCGUCCUAAUUUCGUUAGGACAAAGUCAAAUUCCGCCAGAUUUGCAGCUCCAGAUUAACACUUUGGUGGACGAGUUUAUUAACUUCCACAAUAUUCCGGGCCUGGGUUUAUCCUUGAUAAAGGGCGACGGUGAAAUUCUGUAUAACCAAGGGUACGGAUUUAGAGAUAUAGAAAAUCAAAUUAAUGCCGACGAUGCCACCAUUUUUGCGAUUGGUUCUAUCUCAAAGAGUUUCACGGCCACUGUUAUUGUACGAAGUCUGUCCGAACAAUUUCACAACCUUGGGGAAAUUGUACUAGACAUUCCGAUCCGACAACUUGCCCCGUCCUACAAUUUCACUCUCGGUGACAGAUAUCGAUCCGAAAGUAUUACAUUUCGCGACCUCUUAUCCCAUCGAGUGUGCAUCUUACCGGAAAGCAUGGGCAUUUUUGUCGACCCAUUCGGCUCUGCGGAAAAUUUUCUUUACCGUCAAAGAUAUGCCCCUCAAGUUUGUCAAUUCCGAGGGGGCUACGUCUACAACAACGCCAUGGUCGCACUCGCCAGCAACAUUAUUGGUCACCUUGCCAACUCGACCUUCGAUGUCAUCUUGGCCAAGUUGUUCACCGAUAUCGGAAUGAAUGACUCAACCGUCGUGCGGCAAUCGGACGAUCAUAACAAUAUGAGUAAUCGAUCGGUACCUUACUACCAGAUGGAUGGGCAACUGCACCGGUUUAAUCCAGAACUUUUGAAACCAGUCUCCAUGGCGAUAGGGUCGGGUGGAAUUCUAACUUCAGCUCGGGAUAUGGCUAAAUAUAUGCAAUUUCAUUUAAAUCAGGGGAAAGUUGGAUCUGACCAAAUUGUUAAUCCGGAAGCAAUGCAAUGGUUAUACCGAGCAUCCAAUUUGAACGUGUGGGGAUCAUUCCGAACGGAAAAUGCAGCCUCAUUCCUCGACCUCACCUAUUCUUACGGCUUAGGCCUCGAUUUGGGUGUUUAUGAUGGAUGGCAGACAAUCUAUCAUGGCGGAUUUCUUCCCCCCUACGAAAGUUUUAUGACGCUCGCACCAGGCUUAAAGCUUGGAAUUUUCACAACCUUCAGCGGACCGGGGUCCACGCAGGAAACGGAAUACCACCAGCAGCGGUUACAUGCUAAGAUUUUUGACGCUGUGCUAGGAGUGAAUAGAUCAGACAGUUUCCCCAAUACGAGAUCAAUUUCCCCACGUUUUAAUGAUGCUACAAUUCUUACUAAAUCAAAAGUUGAGAAAAAACCUAAAUUGGGAAACACCAUUAAAAUUGAGCCUGGCGAUCUUGUUGGAAAUUUUGGAAGUGGACAGUCAGGCCAGAUUGUGGGCAGUCUUCGCCUGAACGACAGCGGAGUUCUGCAACCUUACUUGAGUUACGGCGUUUGGGGUCAAGCUUGGCUGAUACAGGUUUCGAACACCACCUUCCUCGCGGAUUGGGACUCUGAUGUCGUCCAAGUUUUUGCUACGGGCACGGUCCCCCCAGAUUUCCAAUUGUUUGUCGAAUUCUGGGAUGUGGACACUUUUGGCCUUGUGACCGGUGGGGCCCAGAUGGGGACAGAUUUUGUGAGAAAUGUUACCCUCGAUCAGCUCCCUGUCGUGCCUUAUCUGCCAGACAGUUGUGGUCUGACAAAUUUCAAUUAAAUGAAUUCACAAUAUGCAUGUAAUACGAGUCAAGAAUAGUUUACCGAUUUUUGUUAUAAAACCAUUUGAUCAAAUAGUCGCCACAUUAAGUUUGCAAUGAAUAUUAAUAAAGAAAUAAAGUCAGAAAUUUAUGCAUGAAA